AUGGCUGAACACUUGGGAAGAAGUGAAAACAGUUACAAUUUUGGAUAUUACAUGAUUGGUUCUGACCAAGAACUUAAGUCCAGAAUCAUCCAACUUGGUCAAGCCUCUGCGCAGAUUUUGUUGGAAAUCUCGGGUUUAUUUGUAGUGAUAAUAUCCAAUAUUCUUAUAUAUGUAAUUUUUCUUGUUUUGUUUCUACUGCAGCUUUAUGAAAAUUGUGUUAUACUCCCAUCUAUAAGUAAUGUGGAUGAUAAAACAAUCGAAGAAGAUGUUGCCAGUCUCUCUGUUGCCGAUUCUGCUACGACUCUGCCAGAAGCCGGCACUCUUAGCAAGAAUGCUUUGAAGAAAGAAUUGAAGAAUCAGCAGAGAGAGGAGGAAAGGCGACGCAAAGAAGAAGAAAUGGCUGCUGCGGCGAGCUCUAAUGGACACGAGUCCUUGGCAGCUGUUGAUGAUGACAUGGAUCCAACGCAAUAUUUUGAUAACAGAAUUAAAGCACUCGGUGCUCUUAAAGCAGCCGGAAUAAAUCCAUAUCCUCAAGAGUUCAACGAGGUGAUGCCUGUCAAAGAAUAUGUAGACAAGUAUUCUUACCUAAAUUCCAGGGAACGUCUGGAGAAUGUCCAAGUAUCACUUGCAGGACGUAUUAUGAACAAAAGGGCAUCAUCGUCUAAGCUUUUCUUUUAUGAUUUGCACGGUGAUGGUGCCAAAGUGCAAUUAAUGAUCGAUGCAAGGAUCUCUGAUUUCAGUGAAGCUGAAUUUACAAAGAUCCGUGGCGUGAAGCGUGGAGAUAUUGUUGUGGUUGAUGGCUUUCCAGGUAAAAGCAGAAGGGGGGAACUGAGUAUGUUCCCCAAAUCAUUCACAGUGGUGUCUCAUUGUCUGCGAAUGAUGCCUUAUGUUUUAAAGGAUCAGGAAACUAGAUAUCGUCAACGGGAUCUGGAUCUGAUAUUAAGCCCAGGCGUACGACACAAUUUUGAGACCCGCGCGAUGAUCAUUGUUUAUGUUAGACGAUUCCUUGGUAAUCUAGAUUUUCUGGAGGUCGAAACGCCUAUGAUGAACAUGUUUGCUGGAGGAGCAGCUGCACGUCCAUUUGAAACUUAUCACAAUGAUUUGAAAAUGAGGCUUAAUAUGCGUAUAGCGCCUGAGCUACAUCUCAAGCGACUUGUUGUAGGUGGAUUUAACCGUGUCUAUGAAAUUGGGAAGCAGUUCAGGAACGAAGGGAUCGACUUAACACAUAACCCCGAGUUCACUACAGUUGAGUUCUAUAUGGCUUUUGCAGACUACAAAAGCCUGAUUGAGAUUACAGAACAAAUGUUGAGCGGAAUGGUCAAGGAGCUGACAGGAGGUUAUAAAAUUAGAUAUCAUGCCAAUGGCAGAGAGAAUGAAGCAAUUGAAAUCGACUUCACUUCCCCUUUCAGGAGGAUUGAUAUGAUCGAAGAGUUGGAGAAGAUGUCUGGUCUCGACAUUCCCAAGGACCUUGCUAGCGAUGAAGCCAACAAAUAUUUGGCUGAGGCGUGCACAAAGUUUGAGAUCAAAUGCGCGCCUCCUCUGACAACAGCUCGCUUGUUGGACAAACUAGUCGGGCACUUUCUGGAGGAGACUUGUGUGAACCCUACGUUCAUUAUGAAUCAUCCUAAGAUAAUGAGUCCCCUGGCAAAGUCGCAUAGAUCUGAGCCAGGCCUGACCGAACGAUUUGAAUUAUUCGUCAACAAACAUGAACUUUGAAAUGCUUACACGGAGCUGAAUGAUCCGGUGGAACAGCGACAGCGGUUCGCAGAUCAAUUAAAGGAUCGUCAAUCAGGCGAUGAUGAAGCAAUGGACUUGGAUGAAUCGUUCUUAACAGCUCUUGAACAUGGACUACCUCCGACGGCUGGGUGGGGAAUGGGAAUCGAUCGGCUUGCAAUGUUGCUCACAGAUUCACAGAAUAUCAAGGAAGUUAUACUCUUUCCACUCAUGAAGCCACAGGAUGUAUGAACCUGCAGUUAAAGCAACACACUGUUGAUCUGCUCGACAGACGACAAACUCGAGGUCUUUUUAAUAUAAUCUGAAACGUUACUUUUCUAUUUCAGUUACUUUUUCGAGAGCCUGUUGUGCUGAAGUUGCCUAAAAUUACAAUAUGAUAAAACUAGCAAGUUCUUUCGAUUAGAACAAUUAAGAAUCAAGGAUCACUGAUUUCUCUUCAA